CACGUGAGCGGCCGGCCCGGCAGAGGGCGCAGGGCCGCGCUCUGGGGAUUCCGGGCGGCCGGGGCCGGGGGCCUUUGUGAGCGCCCCAUCAGGGCGAGCCCGGGAGUGCGGAGCCCCGGUGAGGCGGCGGCGGGCCCUAGCGCGCUCGGUGUGCGCGGGUGGGAGCGCCCGGGCGGCCGGGAGCGCGCGUUAGGGAUUCUGCCGGCAUCGCAGCGCGGAGAGCUGGAGGCAGGAGCCGGCCGCGCCGGGGAGCGCAGGGUCCUCCCGCGCACACGCACACGCACACGCCGCGCUCUCACGCGCGCACACGCCCUCCCUGCCUCGCUCGCGCCGCUGCCACCAUCUCGGAGCCGAGCCCUGUGGAGCGGGCACCCGAGCCGGAGCCGGGACUGGAGCGCAGCCGAGCCGGGGGAUGCGGGCCCGGAGCAGAGCCGCGCGCGGACGGCGCGCCCCGGAUGCCGCCAGUGCCCACGGCAGAGAGGGCGACUGAGUCAGGCCCAGCUGCGCUCCCCAAGCGCCCACCCGACGUGAGGUGCCCCGUGAGGAACCCCAAGCCCUGCCUGUGAGAGCCGGAGCCCACACCGUGCGCCAGCCCACCUUGUGCCAGCCUUGUGUCUGCAGGGGGCGCUGUUGAGUCGCUGGGAGUGGAACCAGAUUAUUUAUUUCUUUGAAAGCAGAGUAACACACAGAGACAGACAGACAGAGAGCUUUCUGCUGGUUCAUUCGCCAGAUGCCUGCAGCAGCCGGGGCGGAGCCAGGUUGAAGACAGACGCCCAGAACUCCAUCAGGUCUCCCCCUGCCUUCCCAGGGACCCAGUGGCCAUGACCUGGCUGCCCUGACUCUGGCUGCACAGCCUCCCGCCCACGCCUCCUGGGCUCUGACUGCGUCCACCCUCAGCCAGCCCCCCCCCCCCGCCUCCUCCUCACCCCAGCCUGGCCCCAGGGGACUCCUGCAGCUUUGGGACUCCGCGGCAGGGUACAGCAGCGGUCACGUGCAUGCUGGGCCACGGCCAGGCUGCCACGCCCCCGCCUCCAGAGGCCCAUCUGCCUCCCGGUGCCGUCUGACCAGGUGAGCGAGAGGAUGCCGGCGGGGGGCGCGAGGAGCGUGCCCAGCCCCCUCCUGGCCUGCUGGCAGCCCAUCCUGCUGCUGGUGCUGGGCUCGGUGCUGUCGGGCUCGGCCACGGGCUGCCCGCCCCGCUGCGAGUGCUCGGCGCAGGAGCGCGCCGUGCUGUGCCACCGCAAGCGCUUCGUGGCGGUGCCCGAGGGCAUCCCGACCGAGACGCGCCUGCUGGACCUGGGCAAGAACCGCAUCAAGACGCUCAACCAGGACGAGUUCGCCAGCUUCCCGCACCUGGAGGAGCUGGAGCUGAACGAGAACGUGGUGAGCGCCGUGGAGCCGGGCGCCUUCAACAACCUCUACAACCUGCGGACGCUGGGGCUGCGUAGCAACCGCCUGAAGCUCAUCCCGCUCGGCGUCUUCACCGGCCUCAGCAACCUGACCAAGCUGGACAUCAGCGAGAACAAGAUCGUCAUCCUGCUGGACUACAUGUUCCAGGACCUGUACAACCUCAAGUCGCUGGAGGUCGGCGACAACGACCUGGUCUACAUCUCGCACCGCGCCUUCAGCGGCCUGCACAGCCUGGAGCAGCUGACGCUGGAGAAGUGCAACCUGACCUCCAUCCCCACGGAGGCGCUGUCGCACCUGCACGGCCUCAUCGUGCUGCGUUUGCGCCACCUCAACAUCAACGCCAUCCGGGACUACUCCUUCAAGCGGCUCUACCGCCUCAAGGUCCUGGAGAUCUCGCACUGGCCCUACCUGGACACCAUGACCCCCAACUGCCUCUACGGCCUCAACCUCACCUCGCUGUCCGUCACGCACUGCAACCUGACCGCCGUGCCCUACCUGGCCGUGCGCCACCUGGUCUACCUGCGCUUCCUCAACCUCUCCUACAACCCCAUCGCCGCCAUCGAGGGCUCCAUGCUGCACGAGCUGUUGCGGCUGCAGGAGCUGCAGCUGGUGGGCGGGCAGCUGGCCGUGGUGGAGCCCUACGCCUUCCGCGGCCUCAACUACCUGCGCGUGCUCAACGUCUCGGGCAACCAGCUGACCACGCUCGAGGAGUCGGCCUUCCACUCGGUGGGCAACCUGGAGACGCUCAUCCUGGACGCCAACCCGCUGGCCUGCGACUGCCGGCUGCUCUGGGUGUUCCGGCGCCGCUGGCGGCUCAACUUCAACCGGCAGCAGCCCACCUGCGCCACGCCCGAGUUCGUGCAGGGCAAGGAGUUCAAGGACUUCCCCGACGUGCUGCUGCCCAACUACUUCACCUGCCGGCGCGCCCGCAUCCGGGACCGCAAGGCGCAGCAGGUGUUCGUGGACGAGGGCCACACGGUGCAGUUCGUGUGCCGCGCUGACGGCGACCCGCCGCCCGCCAUCCUCUGGCUCUCGCCGCGCAAGCACCUGGUGUCGGCCAAGAGCAACGGGCGGCUCACCGUCUUCCCCGACGGCACGCUGGAGGUGCGCUACGCCCAAGUCCAGGACAACGGCACCUACCUGUGCAUCGCGGCCAACGCGGGCGGCAACGACUCGGUGCCCGCCCACCUGCACGUGCGCAGCUACUCGCCCGACUGGCCGCACCAGCCCAACAAGACCUUCGCCUUCAUCUCCAACCAGCCGGGCGAGGGGGAGGCCAACAGCACGCGCGCCACCGUGCCUUUCCCCUUCGACAUCAAGACGCUCAUCAUCGCCACCACCAUGGGCUUCAUCUCCUUCCUGGGCGUCGUGCUGUUCUGCCUGGUGCUGCUCUUCCUGUGGAGCCGCGGCAAGGGCAACACCAAGCACAACAUCGAGAUCGAGUACGUGCCGCGCAAGUCGGACGCGGGCCUGGGCACGGCCGACGCGCCCCGCAAGUUCAACAUGAAGAUGAUCUGAGGGCGGCGGCGGCGGCGGCGGCGGCGGCGGGGCGGGGCGGGGAGUCCUGCUCCUGGGUGCGCGCACGCGCACACACACACACACACACACACAGAGUACCCCCUCCGCGCCCCAGCCAGCCCCGCUCUCCUCUUUUUCUACCAGGACCCCGGAACGCCAGGCCUGGGGACCCCCGCCCCUCCUCCCCUCCCCCCGCACAGCGGGCGCGGGGACGGACCGCAGUCAGAGCCUAUGAGGGGACCGCCGCAGCCUCACUCAUUCAAUAAACAAACAAAAGUUACGAACUUCUUCUGUAACUUGGGUUUCAAUAAUGAUGGAUUUUUAUGAAAACUUGAAAUAAUAAAAAGAAAAAACAACUCUUUCCUAUAGCUAGUCGGAAUGCACACUUUUCACGGCCUGACCGCCCCAGCUCCUGUUUGUCCCCCCCCCUCCUCUUCCUCCUCCUUUCUCUUCUCUUCCCCCCCUGGGGAGGGAUCACUCAGGAAAACAGGAGAGGAGGUCCCAGCCCCGCUUGCCCGCCCCCGGCCGGGACCUGGUUGGGGAGCUCGCUGGGCGCCAGCUCUGGGUCCAGCUCUGGGCUGGCCACUUGCAGGGAGGGGACAGGGCUGGCCGAGGCGGCCCGAGGGCUGGGGGUCAGGAGCUGAGACUCUGGACGGGCUGGGGUCCUCCUGGGGAGACAGCCAGGAGCCAGAGGCAGUGCCGAGGCCAGCCCGGGGCCCCGCCCGGCCGCUCACCUGCCCUGCGGCGGGGAGCGGUCACCGGUCCCCCGUCUGUAUGGACAGGAAGACUGCGUCCGCCCUGCCUACCUCACAGGGCUGUUGUGAGGACGGACAGCUGAUGUACGUGAGACACUUUGUAACCUGUAAAGCGCUGUGCACACGUG